GUCAACAAGUUCGAAUCUGGCUUUGGCCAGACGUGCAUGCAGCGACAAUGCUGCUGAAGCCCAAGGAGGACUUGGGUGACGACAACCAGUCCGAUCCUGAUGUACGAGGCCUUCGCAAGAUUCGAGCUCAGAAUCCCUGGACAUGGCGACCUCUCACCCUCCUCACCACCGCCGUCGCCCUCCUCUUGCUCUUUGUCAUCGUCCGGUCCUCCCUCACCCUACAAGUCGACCCUCAGGGAUGUGUCAUGUCGAUGAUGACUCCCACUUACAUCAAACUGUCUGGUUUCGACACGGAACAUUCCCGAUUUGCGACCAAAUAUUCCUUGUACCUUUAUCGCGAAGAGGGGGUGGAUGAAUACAGCAAAGAUAACAUUGGUUUAAGAGGUGCACCUGUGCUGUUCAUCCCGGGAAAUGCUGGAAGCUAUAAACAAGUCCGAUCUCUGUCUUCGGAAGCCUCUCGUUACUAUCAUGGUGUGCUCAAACAUGACAGCAAUAAAGCAAAGGACGGUCUGAGACAAUUGGACUUUUUCACUCUGGAUUUCAACGAGGAUCUGUCUGCCUUCCAUGGCCAGACUCUUUUUGACCAAGCCGAAUAUGUCAACGAGGCUGUCGCAUACAUUCUUUCUUUAUACACGGAUCCUAAUCGCUCUCGUCGAGAUGCUCAACUCCCGGAUCCCAGCUCCGUAAUCUUGAUUGGGCACUCGAUGGGCGGCAUCGUUGCUCGAACCGUGCUUGUUACUCCCAAGUUCCAAGCAAAUUCAGUCAACACCAUCAUUACAAUGUCUACCCCGCAUGCUCGACCUCCAGUUACUUUUGACGCAGACAUUGUCUCCCUUUAUCAAUCCAUCAACGCUUAUUGGAGGGAAUCAUAUCUGCAAAGGUGGGCCAGCAACAACCCUCUGUGGCAUACGACCUUGAUCUCCAUUGCAGGAGGUGGGAGAGACACGACGGUCCCGUCAGAUUAUACCAACAUUGCUUCUCUCGUCCCAGAAAGCCAUGGCUUCACCGUCUUUAGCUCGGGAAUUCCCACUAUCUGGACUGCGAUGGACCAUCUAGCUAUCACCUGGGCAGACCAGAUGCGCAAGGUCAUUAUCAAGGCUCUGUUCGAGGUUGUGGAUGUUCGUCGAGCCGCUCAAACCAAACCUCGCGCCGAAAGAAUGAAAGUGUUUCGAAAAUAUUUCUUGACCGGACUCGAGGAAGGCUCGCCAAAGAACAUGCGAGACAGCGCGCACGAGGUCUUAUUGACCCUUGGUGAUGGCUCAAGAUCAUCUGUUGCCAAGGAGAGCAGCGUGACUAUCCGACAACUGGGAUCACAGAACCAAAUGUCGGCUGUCUUGCUCCCAAUUCCCACCGUGGACAACUCCACGUUGAAACGAUUCUCCUUACUCACCGAUCAGCAAAUGGAUCCCAUGGGCAGUCUCGAAAAAUUGGAGGUCCUCUUCUGCAGUGCAUUUCCACUCGCAGGAGGCUUGACCUCGACACCUUUGUCUGUUCAAUUUGAUCUCUCUCCGGGCGAUCCCAGUGCUACACGUCUGGCUUGCAAGAGGCCUGUGGGAGAUAACAUUCAACUUCCUGCUUCGACGAGAUCAUCCCAGUACUCAUUUGAGCAGCGACCGCCCUUUACUUUCUUGAGCUACGACCUCAGAGACCUUCAAGAGCAUCAAUUCGUGGCAAUCAUUGAUAAAUCGACCAAGAUCAAUGGUGGAUGGCUCCAUUCAGAGAUCGCUUCAGGUGCAGAUUCCAUCAUUGAUUCUCAUGUCAGCCUGCCUAGGCUCUUGCUCAGAGGUCUGAAUGUGGAACUGCCAGCAACUCGUCCCAUCAUGACAGAACUCCGCAUACCUUCUCUACGGUCCAGUCUUUUAGCUUAUAAGCUUCAAAUUCGCCAACAUGGUUGCAACGCAGAUAGCGAGCUUUUCACUCCUCUAGUACGACAGUUUAUCGAUUCCCCACACGAGUCGAAAUUCUUUGUCAAUUUCAAGGAAGGAGAAGUCAACCUCCACGGGGUCGCCCCUUUUAUGCCUCCCGCUUUGUAUGGCCCGGGAUCUCAACGUGGAAUUGCCUUUCAGAUCUGGUCUGAUCCGACAUGCAAAUCUUCGCUUGAGGUUCGGUUGAGAAUCGACCCCAUUGGCAGUCUUGGUAAGGUGGUGAUCAGAUACCGCACAGUCUUUGCGGCGUUCCCAUUAUUGGUCGUUGCAAUGGUACUGCGCAAGCAAUUCAGAGUGCAUGACAACUCGGGUGUCUUUAUUUCUUUCUCUGAGUCUCUCGACCAAAGCUUGAGACUGCCACUCCCAAUCUUGCUGCUGUCUAUGACAUUUUUCGCGACCGCUUUUACCAGCGCCAGCUCGUCAAACGUGAUGCAACAUCAUCAGCAUGGCAAUGGCACCACCAUCAAUUUUGCGCAGAAUGAUUUGCUUCUCGGAUCCCAGGACACGUUCUUUUGGUUCCUGGUGCCUCUGGCGGGCUUGCUCAGCAUCGGCGCUUGCGUGGUCUUGAACUACAUUGUCCUGGCACUGUUACACUUUUUGGUCCUGGUGUCGAAUUUGGUAUCACGGCAGUAUAUCAAAUUGGAUGACGGAGAAAAAGUCAUGACAUCGGCUUUUGUUGCGAGCACUCCACGGCGCCGGGCGAUCAAUACCGCGGUUCUGCUGUUCCUGGUUGCGACCAUCAUUCCUUAUCCUUUUGCUUACGUGGUGGCGUGCAUGGUUCAACUCAUGACAUGCACGCGAGCCCUACGACAUGCCAAAGACUCCAAAUCCGGACCUGCACAUAAUUUCUUCAACUACACAUAUUCGAUACUGCAUUUAAUGCUAUGGGUGUUGCCCAUCAACCUACCAGUGCUGGUUGUCUGGAUACAUAACAUGGCGGUUCACUGGUUGACGCCAUUUUCAUCACAUCAUAAUGUGUUGUCGAUUGCACCGUUCAUCUUUCUGGUGGAAAUAUUGUCGAGUGGGAUGAUGGUGCCGCUGGUUCGAUCGUUUCGAUGGGCGACUAACCUGUUGUUCUUUGUCCUCGCUGUGUACUCGGCGUUGUACGGGAUGACAUAUGCCUAUAGACUGCACUACAUUGCCAACAUCAUUGCAUUGUGGUUGGUGUUGUUGCAUUUCUCGAGCUACCAGAAGCGAGUGGGUGCAUAGAGUGUGGUGGUUGUGGCCGGUGCAAUAGGUCACCAAUUCAAUAGAUGCAGCUUGGAUCCAAGAAUAUACCCUCGUGAUUUAUUAAUAUUAACUUUGAUUUCGAA